UGGGCGGGGUGAUCUCUCAGAGAAGUUUGUACCAUUGGACUUUCCGUACCUUUACGCGAGACGCAUGAACAAUGGGCUUCUGAUGGUCGCAUGCUAGUUUGAUGGGCAAGUGGCGCAUAACACAGAUUUAAAAACUGAAUUUAAAAGAAAGACAAAUCACUAAUACUUCCAAAAAUGAUGAACUACUCAGACUAUGAUUCUGAUGACUAUUCAUCAAAUGAGGAUGAAGAUUAUGUCCCAUCUGAUGACAAUUUGAGUGAAGACGAUAUGAAUGAGUGCGUGCCAGAGGAAGGCUUGGAUGGGGAGGGCCAAGGCGAGCCACAAAGUGAGGGCAUGAAAAAGAAGAAGAAGAAAGGCAAAGAUAUCACAGCGAGGAAGAGGAAGAAAAUUGGACUGAAGCUUGAAGGUGAGGAGGAAGAUGGUGCAAAGCAGCAGGAGGACAAAGCAGAGGAGGUCGAAGAGGCGACCUCUGCCGAGCCUGAAGUAAAGGUUGAGCAGAAGAAGAAGAAGGAGGAUGACCUGUGGGCAAGCUUCUUGAGUGAUGUCGGCCAGCGGCCUAAAGUCAGCGCCACGGAAACAUCAACCAGUACCUCUCAGAAGCCUGCAUCUGUAGAUGGAUCCGGUGAACAAGGCUCAUCAGAGUCCUGCCAGAAAGCACCGAAAGCACAGGCUCCCUCUAAAAUCACCAUCACCAAAGUGUUCGACUUCGCUGGAGAGGAGGUGCGGGUGACCAAAGAGGUGGACGCUGACUCCAAGGAGGCAAAGAGCUACCUGAUCGAACAGAAGAGCCAGCCUGAGCCUGCUGCUCCCGUGCAAUCAAAGCCCACUUCGUCCGCCCCCGCACCCAGUGGGAAAAGGCCGGCAGGGAUGAGCGGCAUCCUGAACCGCAUCGGAGGGAAGAAGCAGAAGAUGAGCACGCUGGAGAAGUCCCGUCUGGACUGGGACACCUUCAAGGACGAGGAGGGCAUCAGCGACGAGCUGGCCAUACACAACCGCGGCAAAGAGGGGUAUGUGGAGAGGAAGAACUUUCUGGAAAGAGUGGACCAGAGAAAGUUCCAGCUGGAGCGAGAAGUCCGUCUGCACAACAUGAAACAAUGACACAGUGAAGCAGUGAUGAGGACACCAUCAAGAGACUACACACACACACACACACACACACACACACACACACACACAGACGGACAAACACACACAGUCUGCUUUUGUUUUCAGAUCACCAUCGCAAUCCACAAUCCAUCGCCCUCCACGCACACUGUUCCUUGCUCUACUGUGUUGAUACAAAAGCAGCCAGUACAUUGCGGUGGCCAUCAUGCCCAGCAGCACCUGUUCCUGUCCACUAAGCAUCACCUGUAUGAAUGGAUGGACGGAUGGAGAUGGGCUCAGACCCAACCGGAUGAAAGGGACAGAACGUUCCCAGAGCUCUGAUUGGACAGUUAUUGAAGAGGGGCGGGCCCAAUGGGGGACACGCAACUGGGUCAACACACUUGAUGAAGAGCUGAAGAGAGAAAGCAGGAACUGGAUAGUGGAUAGAUAGCAGACUUAAAGGAGGACACGUCUCAACCUACAACCCUGUUAUUAGAGGUCCUUGAGUACUGUUGGUGUUGGUGGGGUGACUGGGGGAUGAAAAUCAGUGCAACAUUGUGAUAGCUCUCUCGCUAGUGGUGAGAAGCUACCAUAAGCUCGGUAGCUUCCUUAAGAAGCUACAAAGCUACCAUACGGGGAAGAAGCUGAUGUGGAACUAUGGCGCUUUUUGCACAGCUGAAGAGGCUCAAUAUGCUUUGCAACAUAGACAGGACCCUUACAGAGAUAUCACCAUGCCAGCAUAACUUAGUGAUUCUACAGAAAUGGUAUAAAUUCAGUGUUUGUACAGACUGAACCAGUAUGGCUUUCAUGGGAAGUGAGGUGGGGGAAAAAAAACAGGUCUGUGACUGACUGCAAGUACAAACACUCUGUUUGCGCUGAUCUUGAGUGUGCUCACACUUAAUCAGUCCAGCAGGUAAAGUGGUAUCUCUGUGUGCCUUCUGUCCAUGCCGCACAGCACUUGUAAUGACAUGUUGAGCCUCCUCAGUGGCACCAGGAGCGGUCUACUGUGACCAUAGCUCUGGCCACCCCAUAUAGAAGCUUUAUAGCCGUCUAGCCAUUCUCACCGUUAGCAUGGCCACUGCUGCAAUGUCACACCAUUUUUUUGUGUGUGUGUGUGUGUGUGUUUUCUUUUCCUCUACUGACUGGGCCUGUAGUCCAACCAGGCUCUAGUUCGAAAUGUGCCAGAGCUUAGAGGAGUUCUUAAACACUGUCAUCACAGGAGAUAAUCUCACUCGAUAUCUUUUUUUUUUUCUGGCUUUGUUGUUGCUCAGAUAUUCUCUAGAGAGAAAUUGUGUCAUCCCACUGUGUGUGUGAGUGUGUGUGUGUGUGUGUUUCAGCCAUCUACAUCGCGGAUAUUUGACACAAAAACAAUGGUUGUGACUUACAUUAUUAUUACAGUGUAAUUCUGUGUCUUGACUGAAGCCCCAAGUUGUACUUAAGUCUUUUUCAUGAGUAAUAACAGGGUGAAUGUCACCAUGUAAUCGCCUCUCUCUCCCUUCUCUCUCUCUCUCUCUCUUUCUUUCUCUCUCUCUUCUCUCUCUCCCUCCCUCCCUAUCUCCCUUUCUCUCAGGAGUUGUUGUCUAUUUUAUUCUCUGGUUCUACGGAAGAGAGCAGGUUUUUCCCCAUGUUAAAAUGUUUCAGUCGUCACUAAGAUUUGUGUAAACCACUUUUUCCUCAAGUGUGACAUGGUAUUAAACAAGGUCUUACCA